CAGAGACAAAAAACGUCAGGCUCGAAGUUCGUACGUCACGUCAAUCGUCAUUGAAAUUCGCCAACUGCAAAUGCGGUCAGUUUUAUUUGUUUAAAUUUGUGACACCAAUAUACAAUAACAAUUAAUUUCAUCAUGGAAACCGAACCAGAAGUUAUUAAAGAAACCAUUAAUACCGAACCAAUGUUACAAGAUCCACUAUACAUAACCUUACUAAGUGUGGUCGUACUUUUAUUUACUCUCCUAUUUUGGUGGUUCUUCUCAACACGUCGGCAUUUGCGUCGUUCUGUGUUACUUACCGGCCUUUCAGACGCCGGCAAGACUUCCCUGUUCGUAAGGCUUACGUAUUCGGAGUUCAGGCAAACUUUCACAUCUAUGAAAGAAAAUAUUGAAGACUUUGUUACAUCUAACAAUAAAACCUUGAGAAUUGUUGAUCUGCCCGGUCAAGAGCGGCUCAGGAACAAGUUUUUUGAUCAAUAUAAACAUAGUGCUAAGGCCAUAGUUUAUGUUGUGGAUUCUGUUAACAUUCAGAAAGAGAUAAGGGAUGUUGCAGAAUAUUUAUACACAAUACUUGUGGACCCGGUAAUUCUGAGCAACUGCCCCCCACUGCUCAUUCUAUGCAACAAACAGGAUCUACCAAUGGCGAAGGGUGGUCAACUCAUCAAGAGCUUACUUGAAAAGGAAAUAAAUCUUGUCCGUGUGACCAAGUCAAGUCAGUUGGAGUCAGUCGAUCCAUCACAGUCCAAGAAUGUGACAUAUCUUGGAAAGCUUGGAAAAGAUUUCGAAUUUUCACAACUUGGCUGCAAAGUUGAAGUUCUAGAGAGUUCAAUAAACACGGUUGAUGAUGAUAAUCCCACUGAAAUGGAGGGCUUGCAGGAUUGGAUUUCCAAACUUUAGAAAAGCAAAGCCCAAGAUAUUGGUGUGAAACCUAAUAUUCUCAUAUGUUCUCAUUUUUUCCCCUAAUAUUUUCUUGAAGACUUAACAUGCACUGGUCAUGAGUAACGUUUAAGACUUUUGAUUGUUAAAUUUUAUGCAUUUAAAAUUAUUUUUUAUAAGGAAUAUUUUAUAAA